CUGACAUUUUUGCGGCGCUUCACGAAGUCCACCGAGUUUGUUUACGUUUUUCAUGCAGUAAAAUUUUCUCGAGGGAAUUUUUGUGCUGUUUCUGCUCCCUCGAGAUACUGACGCAGUUUGCCAAGACAAAGAAUAAGACUAUAGCAUCAGUGAAAACUUUACCAUGGACGAAAUUUUUGUGAGCAAGUACCGGGAGCUGUAUAAAAGCCGAUCGUUCGGCAGAGAGGAGAGUCAAAGUGAAAGGAGACGGAGAUUGCUGGAGGAACAGCGUCGUCAGAGAUCCCUGACUGUUGAUGAACAUCGAGGUAUAUCUGCAUUCAUUCAGAAACAACCCAAAGAGACAAAAUCCAAGGAAAAACCUGCUAUUUUUGAUCGGUUUUACGCCAAUAAAUUGCAACUAUCUGAGUGGAUGAGAGAAAAGCCCGAGGAUCUGGACAAUUGGUUUGUGGUUCCCUGUCCAAAAGGUAAACGCUGCUUGGUGGUGGCCAGUGAUAGGACAAGGGUUUACAGUAAAACAGGAAAGAUGCUGAAUACAUUCAGAUCGAGUCUGGAGGGAGGGAAGUAUGUCACUGUCCUGGAUUGCAUUUACAAUCGUCCCAAAAGAGAAUUUCACGUUCUGGACUGCUUAGUGUACAGAAAUCAGGAAUUUAUCAAUUGUGAGACAGCUUUUAGAUUUUUCUGGCUCACCUCGAAAUUCCUGGAGUACGACCACGCAGUGAUUCAUCGAGAUAAUCACUUUGCCUUCCACUAUAUCCCACGAUUUGACUGUGCCGACGAAGCAUCACUAGCCAGCGCUUUCGGCACACAUCCACACUGGUCAGAAAACUCUCCUCCAUUAGACGGUUUCCUGUUCUACCACAAGGAGGCUUCCUACACUUACGGCACAACUCCUCUUGUCGGAUGGCUCUUUUCCUUCAUGCUGACCGAGAUCCUUGGUAUCCCUUUUCUUCAUUCAGAAUACCAAAAAUCCCCUCCGGACUACACAACAGCUCAGGAGUACAUGGAAGCAUUUGAUAAGCGACAAAAGGCCAAAAACCGCCGAGGACGAAGGGAUAGCCGCAUGGAAGUUGAAGAAGGAAAUUCCAGCACAGUGCUAGAGGAGCAAAAGCAACUAGAAUCAGGGGAACUGGACAUGGAGCCGGAAUUUCAUGAAGAGGACAAAUUACUCACAUAAACUGUUUGCGACAAUCGAGUAAUAAAGGCACUCUCUCAAGCUUUAAUGACCAAAAAUCUAAAAAAAAAAAAGUUACCUGUGUUUGUAUUCCCGCGAAAUAUAAACAGUAGAAGAUCUUUAGAAAGAUUCUCUUUAACGAUUUCCUUCUCAAGGAACAAGGUUUUCUAACCAUUUUUCUUUUUAGAGUUUAUUUUAAAAUUCACGAAGUUUUCGAAUAUACUCAGGGUGGCCAAAAAAAAUCCAUAGUGAUAAAUUUUGCUUAACUUGGUAGUAAAUUUGAAACAGAUUGGACCAGACCAGAUGUAUUAAGAAAAAAACAAUGAAAAUUUUUAAUAUUAAUAAUAAUAGAAAUUCUGUAAGCUUAAUCAUAUAGGGUAAGUGUGCCAAAUUCCGGCCAGCUUGCAAUUUCGCCCAUAUUUUUUGUUCCUCGAAUUUUCAUGAAUUUUUAGUUUUGGGAUACUUGUGAGAUUGUACAAUGCAAAAAAAUAACAAAAAAUGACGCUUCGACGAGCAAGAUAAUCUGAAAAAGACAUUGAAAGAAUGAGAAUGAAGGUGGCCGAAAUAGGCCACCAAAGCUAUGUCUAAAUUUUUAUUUAUUUUAAAAUGUAUUAAGAAUGAUUUUAGAGAAAAUAAAAAUGAUAAACUGUCUGCAAGGUUCCAAGCAACACUCCUUAUAAAAGAGUAAUAAAAAUAUUCAAUUUAUAUUAAAAAUAUUACAUUUAAAACUUGAGACUUUGUCGCUUGCAUGCAACUAUGCCGAAAUUUGUCACACUUACCCUAACGCUUUUUAUAGACGAUUAACAACAACUAGAAAAAAUCGCUUAUCACAAAUGAACAAACCAAAUAAGUUCAUUAUUCAUACUUAGCAUUGUAUUUAAGGAACUAAAAAUAAUGUAAAAAUAAAAUAUUAAAAUAUUGUAAUUAGACAAAGGAAUUUGAAAAAUUUGCAUAAUCGAUCAUUUUAUGUUCAACAUGUUUAGGCUUAAUUCUUUUAUCCCAAAAUGAACAAUAUCUGAGUUCCUUACAAAAAAAUGUCAAUUAAUUUACUCUGUGUCGUAAUUUUGUUCGAAUUAUGCCCUUUUUCCAUUUUAGGCAUUCAACUCGUACUUAAGCAAUAUCCACAUGCAAUUUAAUAUUAAUUUAUAUUACUAUAAUAGCGUCAUAGCUUAUUCUGAUUGACUACAGAAUUUUUGAAUAUUUGUAAGUUAUAGCCAAUCAGACAACUCUAUUUCACACAAAGAUUUCAUUACAUUAAAAAUUAAUUACCAAUGUCUUGUAAAAAUUUUAUUAUUUUACUGUGACCAAAAAGGUGGCACACAAUAAAGUUUCUUCGAAUAUUUAUUAUUAUUUGGCCCAAUAUAUUUUUGGCACAUGUUGAGAGUGUAGGAAAUGUAUAAUACCUAAUAUAUUUUUCGAAAAUUGAAAAAAAUAUAUUAAAUCUGCAAGAAUAAAGAAAAACUUUAAUUAUUGAAAAUUCACAAAAA